AGAGCACAUGACCAUGCAGACAGAUUUAGACCCACCCCUAAAUCACCCCACAUGGAAUUGUGAGGUAAGACUCUGCAAGACAUCUGCCUCUUCAACCUCUCUCUCUCUCUCUCUCUCUCCUCCUGCAUUCCCCUCUCCAUACAACAAUAAAGGAUAAUAAUAAUGCGGUUACAGGAGUAGUUUUAGCAUUUUCCAGUUUUAUUAUCUUUGCUAACUCCUCCAAUUUUCAUCCCACAGUUGCUCUGUACCCUUUCCCCCCUUCUUUUUAGUUGCUUUGUCUCAAUAUCUUGUGUUUUGGAUUUUUCCCUGUUGCAUUUUCUUCUUGGGUAGAUCUGUGCUUUGUAUUUACUUUCUUUGGAGCCGACGGUAAAGGGUUUCCACUGAUUCUUGCUCGCAUUGCGUUUUGUGAAGAUUCGGUGUAAAUAUCCUCUGUCUACUGGGGAAAGGCAGGAUUUUUAUGUCUGGGUAUCUUGAAUUUUUGCUUCUGUUCAUAACUGGUUGAGUGUAGAUGAAAAUCUGGGCGAACUUUCGAAGGAAUUUUAUUUAGAUGAAGGUGAGGUUGUAGUUUAGCUGUGGGGAAGGAUGAAAGGGAGGGAGGGGUGGGACUGGUAGGAAAUUUGAGUAAAUUACAAGGUUUUUUUGUGCAAAUCUUGAAUAUCUGCUUGAGAGGAGCUGUGAAGAACUACUCAAGAUUGUGUAAACAUCUGUUGCUGGUCAAAAUUUUGCAUUUUUGGAUUUAUUGGGAGGAACCAUUUUGGGUUUUGGUUUCUCUGACAUUUGAAGGGAAAGAAAAUGGAACCAAGAUACUGAGGUUUGGCCAAGAUUUAGAGGCUGAAAAGGUAAUGAUUAUGUAGUUUUGAGUAUCUUAGUUCUGUUAAAAGGACUUGGAAGCUGAAGAUUGUGUUGGCGAAGAACGGGGGAGCAAAUAUGGCUGCAAAGCUUUUGCAUUCUUUGACAGAAGACAACCCAGAUUUGCGAAAGCAGAUUGGCUGUAUGACUGGGAUCUUUCAACUCUUUGAUCGCCCUCAAAUGAUAUCCGGAGGAAGGCGCUUAGUUGGCAACAGCCCUAAGAGAAUUUCUGGUAGUUCUCACUUCAAUGAUGAAACUUCUGAAAAAGAACCAAGCAGUAUUUACCACCAGAGAUCAACAGCAGCAGAAAGUAAUCAAACACAUAAAAAUGCAACGGAGAAACAAAGGUUCUCUACAGAGUCAUCAAGACCCUCAUUCUCGUCUUCAUCUCGCUCCUCUUCAUUUUCUUCUCUUGAUUGUAAUAGAACUGUUCAGCCAGAGUCCGCAGCUUUUGAUCGUGCGGUGUUCCCAGAAACUCCUUCAAGAGACCCAAAAAACCAACUUAAAGCAUCUCAACAAUAUGGCAGGCAAAUCCUUGAUAUUCGUGAUGUGGUUAAGGAAUCUAUGAACAGAGAAGCACUCAAUAUGAAGGCUACACUGAGAGAUAAGGUAGCUGAAUCUAUGGUGAAGCUCAAAAAGGAUUCUCCUACGCCUCUUGAUCUUAAAGAAUCUCUUAGAGUUCUUGCUAAACUUCGAGAAGCUCCUUGGCACUAUGGUGAACCUAGACAACUCUCAAGAUCACCAUCCAUCUCAAAAGAUGCUCCACGGUUUUCAUAUGAUGGGAAGGAAACUCGUCAGCUAUCCUUUGACUCGCGGGACAUUUCCAAAUCCAUAUUGAAACAGCCACCCAGACUUUCACUUGAUGGUAGAGAGAGCCCGACCCAGAGUUUUCAUUCCGACUCAAAAUCUAGCUUUAGCUCAAAAUCUUCACGACAAACGCCUGCAAGACCUCCAAGUGUUGUUGCAAAGCUAAUGGGCCUUGACACACUUCCAGAUUCUUCUUCCAACAUUUGUCAAUUUGAUGAUCCGAUUCCUCUCUCAUUGUCUUCAGAAGUAACUGAUCAAUGUCAUAACCGUAUCCAAACGUCUCCUAGUUGGAGAAACCCCAGUUCAGGUUUGAAGCCUAUCUCAAGAUUUCCUGUUGAGCCGGCACCCUGGAAGCAGGCUGAUAAAACACAACGGUGCCCAGAGAAGCUAACGUCUAGUAAUAACAUAGAUGCUCCUGCUAAGCUUCCAAGCUCAUUUCCGUCCGUUUAUAGCGAGAUAGAGAAUAGACUGAAUGAUCUUGAGUUCACUGACUCUGGGAAGGAUCUCAGAGCUCUUAAGCAGAUACUAGAAGCAAUGCAGGCGAAGGGACUCCUCGAGAACCAGAACGUUCAGGAGGACUCAAAGUUGUCCGGUCAAAAUGAGCAACGAAUAAGGGGUUCCAAUUCACUAAGGAGUUUUGAGUCCCCAAUUGUGAUCAUGAAACCAGCAAAACUUAUGGAACAAUCCAGGAUUCCUUUUGAUAGCAGGGGCUCAUCAUCCUGUUCCUCCAAAGGCUUCCGUGGUAGAAAGGGAGCUGUUACUAUGGAAACAGGUCAGACAACCAAAAACCAAAACCUUAGAGCUUUUCAAAAAGUAAAUGCGGUCAAUACUCUCGAUUCAAAAACCAACAGCAGAUGUUCAAAAUCUACACAGGCUUCGGUUAGGUCCAAAGAAAACACUGCUACCUCUGGAUCAUUUAAGACCCCAGGACCAAUCAGCCCUAGACUGCAACAGAGGAGAAUUGAUUUGGAGAAAAGGUCUAAGCCACCUACACCUCCAUCCGAUCCUAACAGAUUGAGAAAACAAAUUAACAAGCAAGCAGGGGAGUCCAAUUCCCCUGGUGGGAGACGCAGAUCAAAAAAUUCCAGCAUCCAGCAGAAUGAUGACCGAUUGAGUGAGAAUGAAAUAUCUAUCCAAUCUAAUGGGAGUGUAAUAUCGGACGCAAAAGAAGACUUAGAAGUUACUAGCUCUUUAGCAUCUUUUGAGAAAAGCAGCAUCCGUAGUCCUAUGAAAUAUGCUGAAAAGAGAUUAAGCUCUGUGCUCUGCGAAGAUGGAUCACCGGCUGCUAUGGCUCCACCUGAGUACCCCAGUCCCGUAUCUGUCCUUGACAAUCUCGUGUAUGCAGAUGAAUCACCCUUGUCCGGGAAGCGUGUCCCUGAAGUCCUAGGUAAUAGAUAUAAAAAUCCAGAUAGGCUCUCCAGUACAGCAUCAUGUAAUCCAUCAGAUGACCAUAUCUGGAAUGAGACGGCUUAUGAUGUGACACCAGAGUUCAACAGAAGGAAACUACAGAACAUUGACAACCUUGUUCAGAAACUCAGAAGGUUGAACUCAAGCCACGAUGAAGGCCGCACGGAUUAUAUUGCAUCUCUCUGCGAGAACACAAAUCCAGACCAUAGAUAUGUUUCCGAGAUUCUAUUAGCUUCUGGCCUUCUCCUGAGAGACAUUGGUUCAAGCAUAACCAUGUUCCAGUUCCACCAGCCAGGCCUUCCCAUAAACCCCGAGCUGUUUUAUGUCUUGGAGCAAACCAAGAGUGAGAGCAUCACUGAAUCAAAGUGUGAGGGGAAGGCCCAUCGCAAGCUGGUUUUUGACAUUGUCAAUGAAAUCCUUGCUUCAAAGCUGGCUUUUUCUUCAGAUCCGUGGUCGAAGAAGAAUCCCCAGAAGCUGGCGAAGGGUGGUUUAAAUGCCCAGAAGCUACUCAGGGAACUGUGCAUGGAAAUAGACCAUCAGUUUCAAGCGAAACCACCCAAAUCUGACCCAGAGGAUGGGGAUGGUGGGCUGAAGAACAUGGCAUGGGAGGAUGUGGUGCAUAAAUCCGAGAGAUGGACCGAUUUCACCCAAGAGGUUUCGGGCAUUGUGCUGGACAUCGAGCGUUUGGUGUUCAAGGAUUUAGUUAGCGAAUUAGUCCGAGGUGAAGGCGAUUGCUCCUCCGUGGCAACCAAACCAUCCAAUUCCAGGCGUAGACAGUUGUUCAUGAAGUAGUUUUUUUUCCUUUUCUUUUCUUCCUGCACUUGUUAUUUGAUUUACAACGCUUGGUUUAAGUGAUUUCCCUUCUCUUUUUCAAAAAAGUUGUGAUUUUUAUGUAUUAUGCAAUGAAAAUGAUGUAUGAGCAAUGCAAAAAAUUGCAGUUAUUGGAUGGGUUUUGAAGGGAAGCUUUCCAUUCAGAUGUACUAACAUUGUACUGAUAGAGAUUGCAAUAAAUAAACCAUGUUUUU